GCUGCAAAAAAAGUUCAAACUUCUCCGUUGCACUUUGCACAUCAGGCAUUAGUAACUAGCGAGUGGUACUUCAGACACUGGCAGUAGAGGUGUCAGCCGAUGGAAAACAUGUCCUGCAGAGGUUCUUGUGCUGCGGUUUUUGAUGUGGUGGUUGUUGGCUCCUGCAUGACCGACCUGGUGAGCCAGGCACCCCGCUUGCCCAAAGCCGGAGAGACCAUCCAUGGGCACAAGUUCUUCAUUGGCUACGGGGGCAAAGGGGCCAACCAAUGCAUCCAGGCCGGCCGUCUAGGGGCCAAGACAGCCAUGGUCUGUAAGGUUGGAAAAGACUACUUUGGAGACAGUUACAUAUUGAAUUUUAAGAACAAUGGGGUCUCCACAGAUUUUGUAGGACAGACUGACAAAGCUGCCACAGGUGCUGCCUCAAUUAUUGUGAAUGACCAAGGUGAGAACGCCAUUGUCAUCGUGGCUGGGGCCAACCUGCUGCUGGACUCUGAGGACCUGAAGGCCGCGGCACACCCUAUCACUGGGGCGAGGGUUCUGCUGUGCCAGUUGGAAGUGCGACCCGCCACCUCCCUCGAGGCUCUCAGGAUGGCACACAGCAGCGGAGUGAAGACAGUUUUCAAUCCCGCACCUGCUGUUCCAGACUUGGACCCAGAAUUUUAUUCCAACUCUGACGUGUUCUGCUGUAACGAGCCUGAGUGGGAGUCCUCCAUUCCACGACCAAACCAAUCGCCUCUUUACAGCCAGGAGCUUGAGAGCAGAUAUCAGAAAGUUACCGACCCCUGGAGGACAAAGACCAGCCCUGCAGGUGUUCGCAUGAGCUCCCCGGCCACUUGGCCAGUAGGGUCUUCUGUAGUGCUUAGAGGAGAAGCAGUGCCUGAAGGUUUUGCCUCACUAAGUAGUAGUAUUUUAGAGCCAGUGCAACACUCCCUGUGUAAUCCCCAGUGAAGAUUGGCAACAGGAUGCAUAUCGGCACUUCCCUGAUUGUAUGACUGCCCCUGUAUACCACGUGGUUAUGCCUUUACCAGAUGAGCCAUUGGGACCUGAGUAGUUGACUUUUUCAACUGCAACAUGCAACUCCACAACCGUAUACUAAUAACCAAUAGGCCUAGAGUUCAGUUUGCUAAUAUGAGUGCUACAAGGUCCAGCUUCACAGUGGCUGAAGAUGAGAAUGGAGUUAGGGUAAAGGGAGGGUGUGAAAUACUGGAAGUGGGUAUAAUAGAUGAACCGCUUACAGUAUGGCUGUAUUUGUUUAUGUGUUAAGGUGUGCGUUGGUUUGUUGGACUGAGAUG